UGGUAUGUAAUUCUGGAGAGUUAUUGAUAUAGAGUAAACGCAUUUCUGCGACGAUAGAACGCAGGCUACAUAGUAUUUCCUGCUCCAUCCCCUAUCUAAAAUUAGAGGACAAUCGAGUCUCAGCCAUCAGUACAAGGAAUCAUUAUUUUGUGAGUCGAUUUCAAGAAAAUGGCUGUGCGGGCCAUUGCAAGUUUAGAGCUCUACGCUAUCAUCGCAUUGAUGACAUUGAUUAUGGUGGUCACCACAGAGGAUGAUAUUCCUGUGGGUGAGGUACUCAUGGAUGACAGGCCUGUCAUUCUACGAGGAUAUGACGGGAUACUGCAUUGUCGAUUUAGAGGUGAACCAUUGGCUGUCUACUGGGAAAAGGGGCCAGAUUUGGCAUCAGCAACAAAACUAGUCUCGUGGCAUCCACCUACGGGAGGAAUUCGUGUGCAGUCGUAUGGGAUCGGAAAGUACAACCUUACGGAAGACUUUUCCUUGGUGAUCCAUGACGUCGAGGAUAAUGACGCAGGACGGUACAUAUGUAUAGUAUCUGACUUCAGAGGUUACGAACUCAGCAAUCACACUGUGGCCACAGUUAAAGUUCCACCCCAGGAACCCUUCCCAACAAUUGACCAAUGCCCAUCAGGAUCAACCGGAAGUAGAGCCAACUCGUGUACGUUGACAACCGAUAUAGGUGAUGACACGACAGAACUAACAUGUCAAGCACUGGGUGCGCCGAGAGACAUCGUCUCGCUCUCCUGGACGCUCAGGGGCAGAACCAUCUCCCACCAAGAACCAUACAGAUAUGCAAACCCAGACGGCGAGACGGAAGAUUUGAAAUUUACAAUUGACGCAACGCCAAGCUAUGAUCCUUACGUCUGUAGUGCCAUUCUGCCGGCAACCAUCCGAGGAAAUGCGACCGCCAGCGUCAUAGUGAAACCAGCACCAAUUACAACAACCACCGAAUUUGUAGUAACUACAAAUGCAACAGAUCCGUUCGUUGGAGAUCCCGGUAAUAGAUCUUUAGGAAAAGGUAUGGUAUGA